AUGGCAGCGUUCCGCGAGGAAGCAGCGAGAGGUGGCGUGUGCGUAGCGCACGAAGAAGCACUACGCGCUGCACCGACCAUGAGUGAAGUAGAUGCAGCGCUGCAGCGGCUGGCGCGCGGGCCGCGCGUGGCCGUCUGCUGGUGUGAGGGCCGCACUGCUCGCGCGCUGCUGGCGGGGCAGGCGCGCGCCCGGCACCCGCCGCUGCGCCUCGUGGCCAGUGACGGGUGGGCAGACCGACGCGACGUCGUCGCCGGUCUCGAGCCUGUCGCACACCAGUCUCUCACGCUCCGUAUCCGCUCGCCGUACCUCGCACACUUUGACGCAUACUACCAUUCGCUAAAACCACAUACCAACCGCAGGAAUCCCUGGUUUAAGGAGUUUUGGGAACAAAAAUUUAACUGCUCCUUAGAAGAGGCGCCUUCUGGAAAAGGAAGAUGUUCAGGCUCCGAGUCCUUGGCAGUGGGGUAUACACAGGAGCCCAAACUGGCGCUGGUGGUACGCGGCGUGUACGCUCUAGCACAUGCGCUACACGACAUGCGCUCUGCCACCUGCGGGGAGGGUGGUGGGGGGCUGUGCGCCGCAAUGCUGCCACUGAACGUGUCUUUGUACCGUCGAUACAUCGCUCGUGUACGAUUCCGCGCACCCGAUGGUGGUCUCGUCGCUUUCGAUAUCAAUGGAGAUCCACCUCCUGAGCUAAGUGAGUACGACGUGAUGAAUCUGGUAGCGGACGGCGCAGGCGGAUGGCGAUAUAUACGCGUGGGUCGGUGGCGGAACGGCAAGUUGCGUCUGCGCGGCGGCCACGCUGCAGCAGCCAGGCGGUCAGUGGAGGUGCGCGCGGCUUGUUCGGAGCCGUGCGGCGUGGGCGAGUGGGCGCGUCGCAGCGGGGGGGAGCGCGCGCGGUGCUGCUGGACGUGCGUGGCGUGCGCGCCGCUCGCCGUCACCGCGCCCCCGCCCGCCGGCUGCGCGCUCUGCCCGCCGGGACAUCGCCCUGAUGCGCUACGCCACGGUGACACUCUUACUACUUUUAUUAGUAUCUGA